CAAGAUUCCAACGUGUCUUCCCUUAGAUACAUCAGAAAUUGUCUCUCACUUCACGAACCAUCACUUACGACCCAUCCCCACGAAUCACGAAUAAUGCCAGCCAAUAUCCUCAUAAUCGGCGCAACCGGUGUGAUCGGCACACCGAUCACUGCCCAAGUUGUCUCUGCCAAAUCCAGCUUCGGACGCAUUGCGAUCUUGACAUCGAAGAAUACUGUGAGCAGUAAAGCAGAAGUGAUCAAGUCGUUGAAGGAGAAAGGCGUGGAAGUUCUUUUGGGAGAUUUAGAAGUCGAGGCGGAUGUGAAGAAGGCUUACGAGAACAUUGACACGGUGGUUUCAUGUGUUGGACGAGGAGCGAUUGAGAAACAGAUUCAGCUCAUCAAGUGGGCCUCCGAGACCCCGAACGUCAAACACUUCUUCCCUUCAGAAUACGGCACCGACAUUGAACACAAUCCCUCCUCUGUGAACGAAAAGCCACAUCAACUGAAGUUAAAGGUCAGGGCGUACGCAAAGACAAUACCAAAGGACAAAUUACACCUUACGUACCUCGUUACUGGCCCGUACAGUGAUUUAUAUAUGGGGAAGACAGGCAAGGAGGAGAUUGGCACGUUUGACGUAAAGGCUAAACGUGCCGUCUUGCUUGGUGAUGGCAAUGGACCUGUAUCAUUUACAGCCAUGGCUGACGUCGGCAAGCUCAUCGUAGCCUGCAUCCAGCAACCCUCAGCAUCUGAGGACAAGAUCCUGAUUGUUAACUCUUUUACUGCCACACCCAACGAGAUCCUUGCUGAAUUUGAGAAGCAAACUAAUGCUAAAUGGGAGGUAUCAUACACAUCUCUGGAGAAGCUAAAAGAGGUCGAGAAACAGGCCUGGGAGGCGGGCGCUCCGUAUGCGACGCAUGCCACCCUGCGCAGGAUCUGGACCGAGGGCGGCACUUUGUAUAGCAAACCUAGAGAUAAUGGCCUAGUUGGCGAGCCGCCGAUGGAGAGUCUGGCAGAUCAAGUAAGACAAGUGAUCGCGGCACAGACAAGGUCGUAA